GCAAGCACUGCUGUAACGAAAUAAAGGGCAAGACAGCAAACACUGCAUAGAUUCAUCCCUUUAUCGGCCAUAGAUACCAGUAUCUUCAAGAAACCAACAGAACAACCCGGCGUUUGCGAUAGAGUUCCUUUCUGUCACUGAUCCUUUUCCUUCUGUCAAAUCAGAACCGCCCACAUGCUGCCUGGAAGUCCCGCCUCCCGUGCUAACGCCCGCCCACCGUGUAUAUCAGCGGUACAUCCUACAUGCAUCCAAUAGAAAAUAUACUGCCAAUUACAUAUAUAGCUCUUAAAGAAACAGCAAUAAAAGCCGGUGUACACUUUUUAAAAGAUCUUUACAAUAUAUUUUCUAGUGGAUGCAUGUAGAAUGUGCAUCGGAUUCUUACAAUUAUUGCCCGGUGCCUUUCAGCAAUAUCGACAAAAAAAGAACCGUCAAAAUAUUAUCCGUUUACGUCGGACUUGACGCACCACCGGGCAGUGCAUUGUGCGCGCGACCGUCGCUCUGUGUAGUCGCGCGCAACAGAUGAGAACCGGCAGUGGCGCCAAAUAGGAAGAACGUCGACCGUUCUGUAGCUAGCUACGUGCUGAUCACAUUCACAGCACAGUAAACAAACCAUAACCAGAAGCCAGGUAGCUAGCUAAAUACUGUAAAGUACUAAACUUUUUUACUUAUGAGGGAGCUUGAUCACCAGUUACUUUUCCUGGAACUUCGAGGCAGGACCAGAAAUCGCUUGGACUAGUGGAAACUUGCUGAACAAACCAAGCCAUGGACCAGGGUGGUGGUGUGGUGGUGUGGCCUCGCAUGGAGCCCUUCCUCUUGGGGGCUCUGCAGGUGGCACCCCCUACCAAACUCAGCCUGCACUACCUGCGCAAGAUGGCUGCCUACGUGCGCUCGCGAGAGGGCUGCUUCCCCAUGCUAGGCUGGCUCAUGUGGAGGCACAUUGCCUGUGGCAAGCUGCAGCUCCCUGAGGACCUGGCCUGGCUCUACUUUGAGACCUUUGACCUGCUGGCUGGUCAUCCUGCAGAGGAGAGGCUGGAGUGGGCUGAGAACCUGUCCCAGUGCUCCUCCCCCAGAGAGCUGGACCGCCAGAGGAGCAAGUUGUGUGUGGACACGCUGCAGUUCCUCCUCUUCCUCUACAUUCAGCAGCUGAACCGGGUGUCUCUGCGUACGUCUCUGAUUGGUGAAGAGUGGCCAAGCCCCCGCUCUCGCUCCCCCUCCUCGGACCGCGAGGCAAAGACCAGCUCUCAAAAUAAGAACUGGGACGACCAGGCCCACCUGUCCUUCCUACAGACCCACCUGUGUGAACUGCUGGAGCUGCUAGUAGAACCAGGCCAGCUGUCAGGGUCCGGCCAAGCCGUGAAGGACAGCCAGGUCUCUCUGGAGGCUCUACAGGGCCUCAGCCUGCUGCUGGAGGGCUCAGUGUCCCGCGGCCGGAACAUCCACCCCAUCCACAAGCUGCUCUCCAGAGCCCCACUCCAGGCCCAAGCAGGGUACUCCAAACUCAGCCGCUCCUUCUCCCUGCACCCCCUGCUGGUAUGGCUCAGACAGGCCCUCGUCCCCAACCCCUUUGGGAUGUCAACCUGCCUGAGGUCUGGGAAGAAGCUGGCCUGGGCUCAGCAAGUGGAGGGAGCUAUGAAGAGAGCUAAGAUCGCCCGGAACACCCACACGGCCCCCCCAGGCAGCAAGAUGGUGCUGAUGUCACAGGUGUUCAGACAGACCCUGGCCAAGGACUCAGACAAGCUAUCAGGAGCUAACGUCAAAAUACACCGCUGCAGUGACGCCUUUAUCUACCUCCUCUCUCCACUCAGGUCAGUGAGCCUGGACAAGUGUCGUAACAGCACGGUAGUCCUGGGUCCCAUCGAGACCAGUAUCCACAUCCAGAGCUGUGAGAACGUCAAGGUGGUGUGUGUGGCUGGCCGUCUAGCCAUAGGGUCCUCCUCCUACUGUACCAUCCAUGCCCUCACCCCCACCCGGCCUCUACUGCUCCCUGGGAACACUGCACUCACCCUGGGGCCCUUCCACACACAUUACCCCUCCCUGGAGGAUCACAUGGCCAGUGUGGGUUUAGCUGUGGUGCCCAAUGCCUGGGACCAACCCUUUCUGGUGGGAGUGGAGGGUACCAUCCCAGACCCUGGAUCCUACAGGCUGCUGCCGCCCGCUGAGUUCUGCCCCCUUGUGGUGCCCUUCAGGAUGGAGGGGGAUACGUGUGAGGUGCCAGGUGGGCUGCCAUCGCUGUACCAGAAGGCCCAUGAGGAGAGGGAGAAGAGUGUACAGGACUGGCAGAAGAUGGUGAAGGAUGCCCACCUGAACAAGGAGCAGCGACGUCAGUUCCAGGCCCUGGUGGAGCAGAAGUUCCAUGAAUGGCUGUUGGAGUCAGGACACAGGCAGGAGCUUGAUAGCCUUAUCCCCCCCUGCAUCGCAUCCCAGGACCCCUCGGACAGCGACAGCCUGGAGGCCAGAACCAAUGACACCAGACAGGAAGGGUCAUCUAUACGGGAAGUGGGACAGACGCGUCUACCUUGCUGACUUUUUGGGUUCUUGUUGAUGGAGAUCCCCAUACAAAGCUCUUGCCUUUGCCUCACAGUCAGCGGUUUGCCUCAGCCACUAGCACCUCUAAUCCCUUUGUUUGCCUGCUGUCUGUCCACAGUUCCAGGCAGGAUCUGAUCUGAGGAUCAGUAGACUACAGAAGGAGGGUGGUCUGGUAUAGACGACUGGCUCUGUUCUCGUCCCCUUCAUCCAGCUGAGACUGUUGCGUCCCGAUUCUCUACCCUUCUCCUGAAGUGUGUACUUGUACACUCCCUCUCAUUUAUUUAACAACGGUGCUGAUGUGCAGGGUAGAGAAUCAGGACAGAGCCAGUGGUCAUAGAGCACUUGGGGUACAAUACCAUGGUACCUAUUGUUGGCCACACUGGUUAGAUCUGUGUAGUGUGGUGCCUCUGCAGUGGGUACUGUACUAUUGAAAUAAUAGGGAAUCAGGUUGUGCUGUUCAUCCAGAGAUUGACCCUGUCCAGUAUGUAGAAGAAAUUAAUUAAUGUAUUCAUGUGAUUGUACAGUAUGUAUGAUAUUACGUCUUAAUAUGCCUUUUCUGGUAGCAUAGGAGAGAGGGUGUGAUGAAUUUAAAGGUCUGCCUCUUCAACAAAUUCCAAUGAAUUUAGUACCUUCCUAGCCUGAGUGCCAAUCUAUUGUGCUAUCAUGUCAACUCCUUACUACUGUUUCAAAAUGAUCAAUGGAGAUGGCAAGAGCACACACAGAUGUGGGACCAGGCUAGUACUUCCCUGGGAUGGGUAUUUGAAGCCUGUCGUCUUCAGACAACACGCACCUCUAAGAGGAUGGAUGACAGGGCACAUUAGUGUAAUGAGAAGAGAAACAUGCCUUUGAGGGAGCAGUUCUAUUCCACUAUAUGGGUUAAGGGACAGUGAACCUAAAGCAAAGAUCUGUGUACUGUUAACAUUAGCCUGGCAUGGGCCAGAGGAUGCUGAUGUGUUAGGUAACCUAAGUCUAUCCCUUCUUUGUUAGUCCUCUCCCUUUUCCUCAGUGUGUAGAAGGAUGGAUGAUAUUGUGGUUAUGCCUUACUGCUGUAGCUUAGUUCUCAGUGACUUGCCUUUCAAUUCAAUUGCACUAUGCUUCCCUGCCUACACAAUUACAAUGGUUUCUAAGAGCACAAUUUUGUUAGUUCUCAAGUGUUCUUUAGACAUCAAUAAACUAUUAGUGUUUUUGCCUUGA